AUGGACUCGAAAUCAGAUAAGUUUAGCAAGUUUGAAAGCGAAGCUCUGAGCGUUUCCGCUAGCAAAGUACAAGGAGCUUAUUCAUCAGCAGUGCGAAGUUGGAAAGAUUCAUUUAAGCCUAGUGAACUCUCACAAAUUCCGGAAGACCUGGACUAUCAUGACCUCACAGAACGUGAGAAAAUCCAGUUGAGACUGGCUAAUCAGCCAUAUCAAAAGGUACUUCAUCAGAGGCAUCUGAGCAUGAUUGCUAUCGGUGGUACUUUGGGUACGGGUCUUUUCAUUGGUUUAGGUGCAGCGUUAACUUCUGGCCCAGCUGCUUUACUGAUUGGGUACCUGUUAGUGGGAACUUCGAUGUUUUGCGUUAUUCAGAGUGCAGCUGAGCUUGCUUGUCAGUUUCCUGUCAGCGGAUCAUAUGCAUCGCACGUUUCGAGGUUUGUAGAUGAGUCGCUUGGAUUUACAGUCGCUACGAACUAUACUUUGGCAUGGUUGGUGCUAUUCCCAAGCGAAUUGAUCGGUUGUUCGCUAACAAUAAGUUACUGGAAUUCAAGUAUCAAUCCAGCAGUUUGGGUCUCUAUUUUCCUGGUUUUUGUGUUAUGGAUUAAUCUCUUCGGUGUGAGAAUAUUUGCAGAGACUGAGUUUAUCUUGUCAAUCAUAAAAGUUUUAGCUAUUAUCAUCUUCAUCAUAAUUGGUAUUGUUCUAAUUGCUGGUGGAGGGCCAGAUCCUGGUGGAUACAUCGGGACUAAAUAUUGGCAUGAUCCUGGUCCAUUUGCAAAACCGGUUUUUAAAAAUCUUUGCCAAACUUUCGUGGCGGCAGCAUUCUCGUUUGGUGGUACGGAGAUGGUUCUUCUAACUGGCACUGAAUCCAAAAAUGUUUCCUCAAUUGCUCGUGCCGCCAAGGGCACCUUUUAUAGAAUUGCAAUCUUCUAUGUCACUACUGUGGUAGUCAUCGGCUGUCUUGUUCCUUACAAUGACCCACGUCUUCUAAGUGCAAGUAGUAGUGAGGAUAUAUCGGCUUCCCCAUUUGUUAUAGCCUUGAGUAACACAGGAUCUAUGGGAGCCAAAGUGUCACACUUCAUGAACGCUGUGAUUUUAGUCGCAGUCGUGUCGGUCUGUAACUCAACAGUUUAUGCGUCUUCGAGACUCAUACAGGCAUUGGGUACAGCUGGCCAAUUGCCCAAGAUAUUUGGCUAUAUGGAUAGAAAGGGUAGGCCUUUAGUUGGUAUUGCAGUAAGUGCUACAUUUGGCCUUCUAGGUUUUCUUGUCGCUACCAAGAAACAGAGUGAGGUUUUCACUUGGUUAUUUGCCUUAUGUUCAGUCGCUGCUUUCGUUACUUGGUUCAGCAUUUGCCUUGCUCAAGUCAGAUACAGAAUGGCAAUGAGAGCGAGAAAGAGAUCUCUUGAUUCGAUCGCUUAUAAAUCCAUACUGGGAAUAUGGGGAGGGGUUGUUGGCUGCAUCGUCAACUUUUUACUUGUUGCAGGUGAAGUGUACGUUUCUGCGUUCCCAGCCAAUGCCAAGAGCUCUGCAGAAGGAUUCUUCAAAUAUACCUUGAGUAUCCCAAUUAUGAUUGUAGUUUUUCUAGGUCACAAAAUUCAUCGUAAUGAUUGGGGAAAUUGGUACGUGAAGAGAAAAGAUAUGGACCUUGACACUGGCUGCUCUAUAGAAGAUUUUGAGCUGUUCCAAGCGCAAAAAGAAGCUGAGAAAAGAGCUCUUGCUAGCAGGCCAUUGUACUACAGAGUGUACAGGUUUUGGUGUUAA